CGGUGCUAAAUUAUGAAGAAGAUAUAGCCAUGUACACCAUCACAGUGGCAGAAGACCCUGAAACAUGUAAUCGAGUUGUAAUCUAUCGGCCGCAGAAGAACAUUAUAACUCAACUUGAACUUAUUUCUCUUUGGGAGAAGAAGACUGGCAAGACUUUCAAUAGGAUUUAUGUCACGGGGGAAGAAAUUGUUAAGCUCUCUGAGACCCUUCCACAUCCACAAAACAUUCCAGUGUCUAUUCUUCAUAGUGUGUUCGUAAAGGGUGACUUGAUGGGCUAUGAACUGAGUGAGGAUGACUUGGAGGCUUCUAGGCUAUAUCCAGACCUGGGAUACAUAACUAUUGAUCAACUUCUUGAUACUUUUCUUAUCAACCCACCAGAUCCUGCAAUGGCUUCUUUUGAAUGA